GCGCUGCUUUUCGGUCUGGUUACUACCGUUUACCAGUACCCAUCCCUAGUGGGGAGUAGUGCGCUCUGAGGGGGAGUGAACUGGGUGAGUGUCCAGGCUUAAGGUGAACUGAGCAAACCAAGAUGUCUGACCUUUUCUCUCCUUUGCACUGACCUGGAGGUAAAUGGUGAGAAGGAGGGCAGGCAGGUGAAAUGUUUGAGCUUUUGCUUUUUCCAGAGCAGUGAUCGAGGAGUAGACUAGCAGCAGAGAGAACCAGUAGAGCAACAGGUAAGUUUCAAUGCUGACCCAAGGAAGAGGAAACUGGAGGUGCAGGUAGACUGAUGUUAACACUAGGAGUAACAAGGUAAAGCUUAAACAUUGAGGCCAAUUUAUCACCAAGGGGUAGCAGACGAUCUGGUGGAGAGUAGAAGUCUGUGCUGUUUAUAAAUAGCGUCCCGCUGAGUUAUUUGUUUCCUUUGCCUUGUGUUUAGUUUAUUUCCAUCCUUCUAUCUCAUUGACUUGAUUUUCAUGUCUCAUUAUCCUCCUCUGUCCACUUAGCCUUAGCUAUUGUCCACAUAACAAUAUUUUCUAUUUACACUUUGCCACAGCAUCGUAUUUCCCUUCUCACAGCAAGCAAAAUUAUUUGUCCAUUUCCAGGUCAGUGACUCCAGUUAGCUGAGGUAAAACCUUGCAGACAGCUAGGAGCACAGUUGUCCAAACAAAACAGCCAUCUAUCUGUAAACAGAAAAGGCUUCGAUGAGAGAGUGAAGAGGAAAAUGUAUAAAUACAGCUUUUGUCUCCACCAUGCAAGAUGAGCAUUGUUUUAGCUGUCAAAUCUCUUGUUCCAGAGAAUCACAGGAAAAGAAGUCACACCUGGGAUAAAAUUCUUUGGACAGGCCAUCGAUGGAGCUAUUGACCUUGGAGGGAACGGACUCCCAGAUAUUGUGAUUGGAUCACAGGGUGCUGCUGUUGUCUUUAGGGCCAAGCCCAUCUUUGACGUGAUGGCUCAUCUAACUUUCCAACCUAAGGAGAUAAACACUGAGAUAUUUGAUUGUCUGGGUGCCGAUGAAAAUUUACCUAUGGUUACCUUAACAGCCUGUUUUGAAAUGGUAAAAGUAACAAAGAGCAAACAAGAGGCUGUGAGGUCUGGACUGAACAUCACAUUCACAGUCGCUGUGGAUCCGAUGAGACAAAAAUAUCUAGGUUUCUUCAGUCAAACUGAUAAGACAGCCAGAAGUCUUACCUCCACCUAUGAGAUGCUUGAUGAAACAGCUUGUUUUAACUUCUCCAUCUACAUGCAUAAAUGUGUGAGUGAAUUAUUGUCACCUAUCAGCAUCAAUUGUAACUUUUCCCAAGCUGACAAUGAGACUGCAGCCACCACCCUGAAUGUGGACAGCAAACGGCAGUCCGUUGUUGAGGUUCCCUUUAAAAAAGCGUGUAGAAAAAAUGACACUUGUAUCGCUGAACUGGAUGUGGAUUUCAGUUUUAUGACUACACAAUUAUUAGUGGCAGAAGAUGCGUACUUCAACGUGUCUAUAAAACUGGCCAAUCACGGUGAUGACUCGUACAACACCAUGCUAGCGAUGCACUAUCCUCCAGGCCUCUCCUUCAGUAGAAUGACACUUAUAGAGUCAUCAAGAUCAACGCCCCACAAAUGCUCAGAUCUAGAAGGAGUACUUGACAAAACCAUAUGUGGUGUGAGCCUUCCUCUGUUUCGCAGCAGAUCCUCUGCAACGUUUGAAUCUUCUUUCUAUGUCAUGCAUGACUUUGAAUGGGAUGAUACAAUCUCCAUGACAAUUGAUGCAAAUAGUAAUAAUCAAGACUCUAAUAGGACCAGUGCACUGACCAAAAAUAUCCCAGUACAAUAUGAAAUUAAAAUGAUAUUAACAGUGAAGCAAGACAGCGCUACCUAUCUGAACUUCACAACAGAGGACCCUGCACCUAAAGAAAUGGGUAUUACAUACAGGAUAGAUAACUUUGGUUUUAAGGAUUUUCCUGUCAAUGUUACCAUGUUCUUCCCAACUGAACUGGAGCAUAACUUUGAAAUAAAAAGCUAUGAAGUCUUUGUCAAGGAGAACAAAACGCAGUGCACAGCCACUACUAACCAGACGUCUGAGGAUUGCUUGCUAGAAAAUAAGUGCAUAACCAUGGUCUGCAAAAGUUUCAAUUUGGAGAAAUAUUCAGCCGCUGAGUUUACCCUGUUGGGAAAAGCUAAUUUCCGAGACCUUGAACAGAAGCCAGCCAAUCUUCCUUUUCUCAAAAAAUACACUGGAGACAGUGGAAAUGUAAAAUUUGUAAGUUCUAUACAUGUUGGCUAUAACAAGGAUCGGUUUGUGUUGGAAUCUCUUAAACAAAAGAAAAAAGACGAUUUUACGCCGUUCCAGUUUCCAAUGAGAAGGAUUGAAGUUCAGUUUGAUUUCAUUAUCCCUCCAAAUAAACUGCUGAUUAUUUCAACUGGAGUUAGUUUAGGACUCGUGCUCCUGAUUAUAAUCACGGUCGUGCUGUUUAAGUUGGGCUGCUUCAAGAGGAGAAAACUCACAUAUCACAUACAACGAGAACGCAUCAAAGCAACUGAAAAUGUGAAGGAAACAUAUAAAAGUACAAAUAUUUCUAAUAUACAACUACAGUGAAGGAGUAAAUUUGAACAUCUAGAAAAUGCAUUUAAUUGGUUCCUUAAAAUCUCAACAAUUUCUAAUCUACCUAGCAACAGCUCAAUGAGAAACAGUCCCAAAACCAUUGAAAGAACCACUGAACUUUGAAAAUGAAAAUUGUCCAUUUCCAAAGUUGAUAAAAUUCCCCUUCAAGCUCCUACACUAAGCCAUGUGAUUAUGCCAUGCGGGGGGGUUUUGUCUUUAAAAAAAACAAAACAAGAGACCAAGCUUGGACCAGUGUACCAAAGUAGAUCAUCACUGAUUAUGAUUGAAACCCUAGUCCCAUUCCAAAAACCUUAAACUUUUGUUUUGGAGAAUAGAAAAUGAUAUUUCUUUCUAAUAAAAUGAAGUGUUUUUGAUGAACAGAGAAAACCAUGUAAGUGACUGCUUAUCUUGUACUUAAAGUUCAGUUUAAAGGGCUAUUUCAUUAUCAUUUGAAUGUAUAUUAUUUGUGUCAGAUCGUUGUAUUGAGUUCCCUUAAAGACAAUGGAAAUGCCAAAACAUUGGACACAUUAGUGAUGUCAGCUGCAUUUAUGAUAUCCUAAUUAUUAAUUAUAUGAUGUCUUUAUUUCGAUGUGUAGAACAUAUCGUUUUAUGAGUUAAGAGUUGGAUGUUUGAAUAACAAGGAGAGUAUUUCUGAGUAAUAUAAAAUGUGAUGGAGUGGCUGUUUGGUUUCUCCUAUGUCGAGAUCCAAACUUUAAAUAACUGCACAGCUAUUAUUUUAAGGGUUCGGCAGAUGCUUUCGAUUAUAUGAGCUCUAAAAUGAUAUUUUAUGAUUUUUUUAAAUGAUUUUUUUUCACAUAAUGCAUAUAUAAGAAUAAUAUGUCCUGUGCUUAGUAAAUAUGUAUAGAAUGAACCUAGAACUGAAACAAACUGAGUUCGUUUAGAAACGAAUGAAUUGCACUGAUAUUGUGAAGAUUCACUGAUGAUUGUGAAAUGCAAAGCUUGCAUCUAUGAACAACAGUCUGGGAAAAUAAGUAUAUUUGUGGUAAUGGAAAAUUAUAAUUCCACCAUAUGUCCCUUAGUACUUUUAGAUGCUUUAAAAAAGUAAAAGAUUUAACACUGAGAUAUUUGUGGUUUACUCAGUGUAUAUCUAACUGACAUAUGCAGUAUGACAAGCUGCCAGCAGAUGAUCCCUGUAAAGGACUAGUACAAUAGUCUCAUGAUGUCAGUAUGAUAAGAAGGACACCUCAAUUCCAAUUACAUUUUGCGUAAUAAAUUAGGAUAUUUAUAUUCCGUUGAAUUCCGUUUUCCAAAUUUUGCCAGACAUAA